GUUUUAUUCAAUAAUUGCCAAUUUAUCUGUCAUCAUAAUAUCUACAAACCGGUGCCUACCGUCAUGGCUGAACAAAAUUAUAAUCCACACAGCCCAGCUUCCACGCCGCCGCCUCCACCGCCUCCACCGCCUCUUAGUUCUCACGCGUUCCUGCCGACUUCAAGACCGCCUAUCCAAUCCCUAGGCUUUCCCUACAGGAAGCUCUCUGAGGAUGUCGAUAUGCUUGUUCCAAUACCCAGCAUUAUUUUACCCCAACUCCAAGAAACUGAGAAGCGAUUUUUCGAAUUGGUUGCUUCAGGCGAUGUUUUUGCCGUGAAAGAAUAUUUAGACCAAAACCCGAACAUCAACAUUAAUUGCACUAACUUUCAAGGCGUUACCGCCCUCCUUAUCGCUGUACAAGCGCAUUUCGACGCCAUGGUAGAAUAUCUCUUGACCCAACCCGGAAUCGACAUAGGCGACUGUGUGCUGCACGCCGUAAAAGACAACCAACCCAACAUUUUAGCCAUGCUUCUCGACAAACUGAGCGUAACUGCGCCCAGCUUGGAAUACGUGGGAGUUACGCACAGCUCCGAUUUUCCCGACUACGUUACCCCUUUGAUCCUAGCCGCCCAAUGCGGCCAUUACGAAAUCAUUAAAAUGCUAAUAGAACGCGGCCACACGAUCAGCAAGCCUCACGCCCCUGCUUGCAGAUGCAGCGAGUGCAAGAUGCACCUAGAAAACGACGACACGCUGCACUCCGAAAGCCUGAAGUUGAACCUCUACAGAGCCGUCGCGAAUCCCGCUUAUCUCUGCUAUUCCACGUACGAUCCCAUUCUAGCCGCCUUCCAGCUCUCGAAGGAGCUCACGGACUCGUCUUUUCUAAUACCAGAGUUCAGAGUAGCCUACAAGGAACUGGCAGCGGAGGUGAGCAUGUUCGCGGUGGAUUUGAUAGCUUGCGUCCGGAGCACGACGGAAAUGGAGCUGAUCUUGACUCAAAGCGGGGGCCAGGAAUCCGCCCAUGGAUUUACUUACCCUAGGCUCUUCCUAGCCAUGGAUUACAAGCAGAAGGCGUUCGUAGCGCAUCCUAACACGCAGCAAAUUGUCGAAGCUGCUUGGUGCGGGGAUUGGAACACAUACAAAUUAAAACCAGUCGUUUUGAAGCUAUUUUAUCCCAUUGGGAGAAUAUUUAUGUUGCCGGUGAUUUCGAUAAUGAGCAUGUUCACGCCGAAUAAUGCAAUGGUGCGGCACUGGAGCAUCCCAUUGAAUAAGAUGAUCAGCCAUAUCGCGUCGUACAGCGUGUUUCUGCUGCUGAUAUUCCUCGAAUCUAACAUUGAUAAAACGAAGCAGAAACGCAAACCUCCUAAUUCCGGCUUGGAACCGGUUAUAAUCAUUUUCGUCGCGGGGAACAUUUGGAACACCGCUCGUAUGUUUAUUCUAAUCGGUCCCGAACGAUUCUUUAGGAGUUUGUGGAACUGGCAUUCUGUAAUCAACAACAUGCUCUUCAUUAUGACGUUUCUAUUCUGGCUGGCCUCGUACAUUGACGCAAAAAACAACGAUCAAAUCGAUUUGGAGAGGAAGUACUGGCACCAUUUGGAUCCUCUUUUAAUCUCCGAAGGGUGCUUCGCCAUAGCGACCAUCAUGGCGUUCUUUAAGCUAAUGUUUUUCUGUCGAUUGAAUUAUUACAUGGGACCAUUGCAGAUUUCUCUGGGCAAAAUGUGCGCUGACCUGGCAAAAUAUAUAAUCAUCUUCACCAUCGUUAUAAUAUCGUUUUCAUCUGGGUUGUGUAGGUUCUACCAGUAUUACGACGGUAUGGUGAAGAUAGACGUUAAUCAGAUAAAAACCCAGCAGGUGUCGUCGUUUGUGAACUUCGCUGCGACUUUAAAAACGUUCUUCUGGGCCAUACUUUGCAUGGCCCCUUUAGAAUCCGCCGAUGUCGUAAUAGAAAACCUACCAGGAGAGUCUCCUGACACUACCAUAAUAAACUCCCACGAAUUCACUGAGGCUGUUGGGUACAUAGCUUUCGCUCUUUUCGAGGUUCUAAUUGUAAUAAUGAUUUUGAACAUGCUGAUAGCCACAAUGUCGGCUACGUUCCAGAGGGUUAUAGACAAUUUGGACGUGGAAUGGACAUUCGGUAAAACUGAUUUUUAUUUAGAAUAUAUGCUUCAAUCAACUAAUCCCUCUCCAUUCAACUUGAUACCCACUCCAACAGGAGUCGCUACUUUCAUGGACAACGUUAAUGAAAGGAAAUCGUCGAACACGAAGUGCUGCAAAAUGGCCGAGAAUAAGCCGUCUAUUGAAAGGAGUAAAUUAAGCUAUUUUGAAUACCCGGCAUUAAUGACUUCAUUGGUGCAAAGGUACUUUAGGGAGAAGGAUAACGCCGUAUCGGGACCCACAGAUGCUGAUUUACUGAAGCAGGAAAUACACGAAUUGAAAAACUUGCUCGCUCAGAUUAUCGAAGAAAAAUAGUUGCUGUUUUUAUAAUGUUUUAUCUAUUGUUUUUAUUUUUACGUAUAUUUUAUGCUAUUAAGCUAAUUAUAAAAGCGCUAAUAAAGUUAUACGAUUGCU